AUGCAUACAUCCGGACAGCAAAGGUUUUUUCCAGAAGGUUGGGCAAAGAGAGUAAAUAUACAUGGAAAAACAAAUGAUAUUGUUACUUCGUCCAACCCUAGCAAAGUAAAUGAUGUUUCUGAAAUUUUCAGUGAGUACAAUAACUCGAAACGAUGUACUCAGGCAGUUGAUCGAAUAAUUGAAAGUAUUCAACAAAGGAGAAGAAUAACCCAGAGGACUGGAAAUAAUCAAGACAAACCGACCACAUACAACCACGCUCAACCAACGUUUUCGAAUUCUCAAUCUUGUCAUCAUAGAUUACCAAGUGAAUUUGUUCAACGGUCACGUGUUCAACAAAUAAUCGAUGAUUUUCUUCACAAAGCCAGAAAACGAGGACUAGGUGGCCGAACGUCUAAAGAAAGAAACAACCCUCCAGAGGAAAUCCAGUGUCAUUCAGUUAGUCGUCAAUCAUAUAAGCCUAGAGAGGGGAAAGAAAUCAGUCUUAGUGUUAAGGAAUAUUUGCCUCCAACAGAGCAUAAAAAUCUUCUACUUGAUGCCAAUCGCAGUAAUUUUGAUACUGAAUUUCAUCACACAUGUUCUUCAGGGAUUUAUUCACCAGGUUUUAGUAUUCGAUCGGACUCACCAGAUUUAUUUGAUCUACAAAGAAAUAAAGUCAAUUCAGAAAAUGAUCUAAAACAACCAAUGAAUAUAAUUGAUAAAGAAACAAGUUUUGGAUUGUUUGAUCAUCUUCAUGAAAUCCAUUUUUCGAAGUCAGAUUACGACGAAAUAAUUCAGCCUUCUGACUCGUAUUUUUCCCAGUACUCCCGAAAAAUGCAACAAUCUCCUAGAAUGGUAGAAUUCCCAUUAUUUCCAAAUAAUAACUCAACCAAUAAUUUCUCAGUUAUCAACAACAGAAGUGCCCAUGCCAUGGAAAGCAAAAUUAUACCUACAAAUGUAUAUCAUAAUAGACCGCGUAUUUUAUCCCAAAAUCAAUUUAAUCAAUAUGAAGAGAAAGCACUUAGAUCUUAUGACAUUGGAUUGUGUAAAAACUGUCAAAUGCUGUACAGUAAACAGACAAAUACAAACCUUCAAAUUGAUAAUAUUUUAAAUUUUAGUCCAAAUGUUUUUCAAAACACUCAGAAAUCUAAUUCUAUCAACAAGUCUUCAAAAGAUAAUUGGAAGUUUAACUUCGCUAGUCAACCAUAUAAUGUAAAUAAUUUAAAUUUUUAUCCAAUAGAAACGAACAGAGAUGAAUUUCGGGAUUUUUUAGAUGACUGUAAAUCCAGACAUUGUAUGACAACAGGCUUUGAACAAUUCAAUGGACACAAUAAUUGCUGUAUGAAUAAUUAUUUCGAAAAUUUAGAGAGUGAUCAAGUUUUUCAACAUAAUUUUCAUAAAUUGACAAGUAAAUUUAAAAAAGCUCAUGCUCAUACACUCAAACACCAUGAGUCUUCACCAGAGUUUAAAUUAGUGUUUCCUUUCAAAGUAAUCAAUACUGAAUGUCAUAAGUUAAAUGAAACUUAUAUAUGUAGUCAAGAUAAUCAAAAUCAGGAUAUUGUCAAACAUUUCCCAAACGAACAAAAGAAUGACUUUAUUUACAAUAAAAACGUUAACGCUCUUAAGCACGUAGAUUAUUCAAAGAGUGAUCUAAAUUUGGAACAAGAAGAAAAGAUUCAUUCAUUAGGUUUAUCCUAUUUACCUGAUAAAAUAAACAAUCUAAAAUCUGCUAAGACAUCAACAGUAUCAACUCAAACAUAUUCAACAGUUGAAGGAUGUGAAGAUACAUUUUGUAUCCCAUAUAGAAAACAAAAUUCUAACAUGGAAAAGACAUAUUACACAAAAUGUCUAAAUGGUUCAAAGUUUAAACGUGAGACUCCACCAACAGGGAAAACAAACACUCAUGAUGAGUCGAUUAUUACGAGUGACUUCAUCACUAAACAACUGCCGAUACUAUCAUCUACGAAAAACCACAUUUACAAACCACUAGCUACAUCGACACCCUCUGGUGGAGGGGCGGUUGAUGACAAUAAAAAAAUUGAUGAGAAUAAAUCUAAAAUGAAAACUAAACAAUUAACAGAUGCUUAUUACAGUUUUCAGAUACCUAGAAAAAUUACAAGAGAUAUAUCUUCUGACACCAUUAUGAACAAUACGGAUGAAAAUGAAUCAUCCCUAAUUUUAAAUUUAUUAAAAUCAGCAGGUAGAAGCAUCUCAUUUGAAAAUAUUGAUUAUAUUAAUGAUGAAGAAUAA